AUGGAGGGAAAGAGAAAUAAAGCAGAUUUAUCGGCACUUUUGUACACAGCAGUGAGCAAUACAGAUGUCAGGACGGCGGAGGGUUUGCUGCAGAGAGGUGCGGAUCCUAACCUGCUGUUUGCUGAUGGAUUGGCAGCGGUUCACAUGGCGGCAGGUAAAGAAUCGGAGAAAGGUCUGCGCUGUCUCAAAUUCCUCCUGCAGCACAAAGCCGACCCCAACCUCAGGACCAGUGAGGACCUGACCCCCUUACACAUCGCAGCAGUGUGGGGGUGUUACCAGAACCUCAAAUUACUGCUGGAGAACGGUGGAGACCCCCGUCUGAAAGAUCAGGGAGGGAACAAAGCCUGGGAUUUGGCGGAGCAGGAGGAGAACAGUAAAUGCGCCGGUGUUCUUCAGCAGUACGAGUCUCAAGCACCACAAAGCCAGUAUGAAGAUUUACCCAAAUUCCAGUACUCUCUGUACCGCGGCCGCUCCAUGAGGGACUGCGGUGUGAACCUGAGUCUGAUGAGUGAUUUGGGAGACGCGCCCCUCAGCAGCACCCGUUAUUCCUCGUUCUACAGAAGAUCCGACGGUCCUGGACCUCGAGGACCCCCAGAACCUCACGACUCCUGGCUGUCGGACGUCUCGCUACAGAACGGACGUGAAAGUGACGCGUUCACGAGAGGAGAGUCACGCCCGCCCGCCCUGUCCAGCACCCGUCUGUCCGGUCUGGAGUUUCAGAACCAUCCGGAUGGGGCGUGUUCGAGGAGGAGUCGGAAGAGCGUCACGUUCAGAGACGCAGACGAGUAUUUUCCACAUCUGCUGACCGGCGAAUCAGGUGAGGUUGAGGAUUCGGCGUAUUCGACGGUGGAUUUUUCGCUGUAUCCCGACUUCCUGCACUCGGACCGCGUGGCGGCGCUGACGCAGAAUCAGGGGAUCGACGUGACGUCGCCGGACGACGUCUUCGUGUUCCGCAGGGACGGAGAGAUCACCGAGGACUUCGAUAAGACCGUAGUGGGCGGGGUCGCGCUGGACGCCGAAGACGACGUGUUUGAGGAAACGGGAAUGAAGGACGAGCGGGUUCGAACCGUCGCCGAGGUUCCCGUCAGCGUCAGCAGCAGCAGCAGCGGAUCGAGUCGGUACAGCAGCUGCGACAGCGAAACGUAUAAAACCACGAUCGAAGCUCCGCCCCCUUCAGCGGGAAUCCCUGAGGAUCAGGACGGGAACGCGGCGCCUCAGGUCUGCGAUGAGGGCGCGGCCUCUUUCACGCCGAGUCCGUUCGUCACGGGCCGGACCCGAUCACGCUUGAGUCGCCUGUCGGAUAAAACCAGCACGUCGUCGUGUUCCUCCUCGUCUCUGUUCGAACAGACGCUCCCCACGCCGACCAGACUGCGCCGGAACGUCGCUAAAUCUGACCCGACGGGCGCCAGACGUCCUAAUGUGGGUUUAUCGGAUCUGGAAUCGGACAUGUCGAGUCUGAGCGUUUGCUCGGACGUUCCCGGGAGCCAGGCGGACACUCUGAUCAUCUCCGGAAGCGUGGCGGAUACGGUCAUGAUUCCCAGAAGCGUGGAGGAUUCCCAAGAUGACGUAAGCGUGGAGGAUUCCCAGGAUGACGUGUUCACCGACGAUAAGGAGUUCCUGACCUCCGACGUUUCCUCCAAGAACGAUUCCGUCCUGACGGAUGAUUCCUCGCCUAACUCCAGUCCCACCCGCGCCCCCACCCGCGCCCCCAGGCCGAGCGAUAAUCCGUCGUCAGGCUGCACCCCGCGCUACAGCAUGAGCCGGAUCUGUAAUACAUCCCGAACCCAAACCCUGGCCAACCUCUCCUGCACCCCGGGCGGGCGACCCCUCCUCACCGACGCCGACGAGCCGGUGGAAUACCUCUACACCGACACCGAGGAGGGACACGAGCUGAUCGAGACGCACGUCCCGCCCACCUCCAACACCUCCCUCAGCACCUCCCUCAGCACCUCGCACAGCGACGACACCAUCAUCUACGACUGGCGCGCCGUACACACCGCCGGCCCCCCGGAGGAGCGCGGGAAAGAAAACCGCCGCCCGAAACAAAACGAGGGGCUGAACGCUUCGGAAACGGACGGACUGACGGACCGGCAGCUGAGGCUUAAACUGCAGGAGCUCGGGCAGGAACCGGGACCCAUCAACUCUCACACACGACACCUGUACGUCCAGAAACUACGCUCGCUCCAGAGGAGUCCGGCCCCGCCCAAAUCACCGCAGGAGGGAACGUUCACCGGUUACAGUGCAGAGCUGAACAGGGUGCUGAGUACGUUCCUCCUGCCCGACUGUAAAGCGGAUGAGUUUGCCCUGUGUGAGCAGUUCGAUCAACCCGAUCAGAAUAAACGAUGGAGGGAAGGAUUAAUCAAAUCCAGCUUUAAUUACUUGCUGCUCGACCCCAGGGUAACGAAGAACCUGCCGUACCGCGGUCAGUCCCUGAGCCCUCAGGAAUGUUUCCAAACCUUCAUCACCUCCAUAUUCUACGUGGGUAAAGGGAAGCGGUCACGACCCUACAGCCACCUGUACGAGGCUCUGGAGUAUUACAGAGGAGAUAAAACAUCCAGGAAGCUGUGUGUGAAGGUGCAGCACAUCCUGCAGGUGUGGAACUGUGGGCUGGGUGUGAUCUCACUGCACUGCUUCCAAAACGUCAUUCCUGUCGAGGCCUACACACGAGAGGCCUGCAUGGUGGACGCCAUCGGUCUGAAGAUGCUGACCAAUCAGAAGCGAGGGGAUUAUUAUGGGAUGGUGUCUACCUGGCCGGCUAAGAGACAGAGGGAUCUGGGGGUUCACCUGCUGUACCGAGCCAUGCAGAUCUUCCUGGCGGAGGGAGAGAGACAGCUCCGCCCGGUGGACAUCAGAGCGGCGCGGUGACGCCUCACCUCACCUCACCACUUCAGACUUUCAUUCCAAACUGUUCUUCAUUCGUGUAUUUAUUCAUCUGGGAAAAUACCAGCACACACUACUUCUGCUCCGGCACCCAGAAGGACUGGUGUCAUGCACACGCACAGUGAUUCCACAUAAUUGUACCCACCCACCAUGACCCUGACCAGGAUAAAUCAGUGUAAAACAUGAAAAUGAAAUGAAUUAGAUAAUUAGAAGGGGCGUCCCAAUACUUUUGACCAUAUAGUUUACAUUGUUUACAUUUCGCUGAACAAACUUUGUCUUAAUAAUGAUUAAUAAUAAUGAUUAAUAAUAAUGAGUAAUGGAGCUACUGAAAGUGUUUUGAUGAAUUAUUAUGAAUGAAAUGAAGCUGCUGUAUGAGAAGUGAAGAAUCAGGACUGAGGAAGGUUGUAGGAACUGUGUGUGUGGUGUGAAAUAGUGUAAAUGUCCUUUUAUUUUACAUCUCAGCCUCUUUUUACAUAAGCAUUAGAUAUUUGCAUUAAUAAAAAGUACUUUCUGUUCUGCUGUAGCAUAAAACAUCUCAUCAGUGAUUAUAAAACAACCAUGUAUGUUCAUUUUCUGUACGACUGUGUUUAUAUUCUGAUCUUUGUGCUCAUUUUUAUACAUUUUGGAAGAUAAA